AUGCUUUCCACCGAGCUUCUCCCCAUUCUAUUUCGCUAUUGGCUUGCUCUUCCUUUCCUUCUCCUCUUGAUCCAUCUCGUCUCGAACAAAUUCUAUAACGGCCUCCAAAGAUAUCCCGGCCCAACGCUCGCAGCAUACACGAACUGGUGGCGCUUCUUUGAGAGCCGCCAUCGCCGAACCGAAAAGACACACAUAGCCCUUCACCGAAAGUAUGGAGACAUCGUCCGGCUCGGACCCAAUGUCCUAUCCUUUGCAGACCCUCGAGCCCUGAAAAUCAUCUACGGCCUGAACAAAGGCAUAACCAAAUCCGACUUCUACCCCGUCCAGCAGGCCGUGGUGAGAGGACAACGGCUUCAAUCGCUCUUCAGUACGCAGGACGAAGGGUACCACGCGAGGUAUCGGCGCUGCGUCAACCAUGCCUUCUCCAUGAGCAGUCUCGUCGGCUAUGAGCCACUGGUCGACCGCACGACCGACGCUUUCAUCGAAGAGACGAAACGCCGAUACUGCGACGUCGGUCGAGCGUGCAACUUCAGCAAAUGGCUGCAGUUCUUCGCCUUUGAUGUCAUUGGCGAGUUGACAUGGAGCAAACGCAUCGGAUUCGUCGAUCGAGACGAAGAUGUGGAUGGGAUUGUCAAGUUCAUUGGCGACUUCCUCGCGUAUGCUGGACCCAUUGGGCAAAUGCCGAUUCUGGAUCUCAUCUGGGAGAAGAAUCCCGUUAGGUUGCUGUUACAAAAGUGGGGGCUCAACAAUACCGUGUUCCCUGUGACGAAGUUCGCUUUGGAUAGGAAUCGCGAACGAGCCGCGGAGAUGGAGAAGAUCAAACGGGAUGGCCGAGUUGAUGAGCAGUCGGGGAGGGGCGUGGACCUCUUGAUGAAGUUCACUCAGGCUCAACACGACCAUCCCGAGUUCAUGACCGAUAAGCAGGUGCUGGCUUCGUGCACCAGCAUGAUUUUUGCCGGCUCCGAGACGACGGCCAUCAGCCUUAGCAGUGUCUUUCACUUCCUACUCACGAACCCUCGCGUCUACUCCACUCUCAUGAACGAGCUCGACGAGGCUACAAACGCCGGCAUCAUCGCAGACCGAGAGAACCAGAAGGUCAGCUGGGCCGAAGCGCAGAAGUUGCCCUACCUCGAUGCAGUGAUCCAGGAGAGCUUCCGUCUCCAUCCAGCAGCUGGUCUCCUUCUUGAGCGCGUAGUGCGGCCACAAGGAAUCGACAUCCUGGGUCACUACAUCCCAGGCGGUACAAUUGUCGGCUGUAACGCUUGGGUCGUGCACCGCAGAGUGGAAAUAUUUGGGCAGGACGUGGAUGUCUUCAGACCGGAGCGGUGGCUGGAAGCAAGCCCUGUUCAGCUCUCGCAGAUGAAGGCUACGAUGUUUCAGUUUGGUGCUGGGGCUAGGACAUGUCUUGGAAAGAACAUCAGCACGCUCGAGAUGUACAAAAUCGUGCCCACUUUCCUACGCAACUUCGAGAUUCGCAUGGAAGAAGGCGAGAAGUUUGCGACGUUUAAUGCUUGGUAA